GGCCCGCUUAAAAAUCGCCCUUCUGCUGGGAGUUUGCAAGUUUAGAAGACGCAAUGACUUUUCUUAAUGUUGCGUUCGCUUCAGUUGUCGCUUGGCCUUUUGUAUUUGCUACACGUAAACAUUCUGUCUCGUCCUUUCGGCUCUUCUGCUUGUAUAUAUCGGUUAUUUACUGAGCGAAAGUGGAGGGAAGAAAAACCAAAUUGCAUUGUAGGCCUCAUCUCAUGGCACGCAAGCUGAAGCAGAAAACCUGAAACCGACUUGCUUGAUUGGGAUUAAAUCUGAAGUUGGUAGUAUACCUCUGAGACCUCGUCUACACAGAAUCACACUGGGUUUGUUUGCACUGGUAGUCAGGGCGCUAACCUGCUCUUCAUCUGAACAAGUGCUUUUCCAUAUGUUGUUCUUUAUGGUCAAAGCCUUGCUAGGUGUAAACCAGACUUACGUUUGAUUUGUGAGUCACUCCUACAAUAUCCUUGUAGCGUAGAAGAUUACAAGGCAAGCUUUGUACCAGACAGCAUGCUUGAGCUUUUCUUACUAGGAACUUGACAUCAGCGCUUUGUUUUUGUGAACAAGUGGUUUGAAGUUGCUGGAACACUCCUUGCACGUUUUUCAGCUGAGGUAGAAGGAACAGUGUAUUCAUGUUGUUAAUUAUAAGGGACAGUUUGUUCACUUGUUCUUUGCGUUAUUAACAAUUUUAGUCCUUCCUGUUUCUGAAAUGAACAGUUUACUUUAGUGGUGAACAACACGGUGCCAGAUGGAGGCUGGCGAGAGAGAGAGUAGCUGCUGAACUAAAGUUCUGCCUAGAACUGCUUCGUUGGCAAGUGAAUCAACUGUUAAUGCAUCUGUUUUAAGUGAGAGGGUUGUGAAGAAGGCCUUGUUGCAGUAUCAGGGCCUUGAUGUGCAACUACCUUUCAACUACACUUUUUUUUUCCUUUUUUUUUUUUCACUUAAUGUUUUUAAACAGGUUAUGUUUAGCAGAGAGGGAGUUUCUACUGUGUACUUCUAUGGUGUCCAAGCUCAUCUAUUGAUACUUCCUUUUUAGAUACUUCCUUUUUAACUCCAUGGUAAAACAGCUUCUGAGAGUAUCAGUUUGGUUGCCACAUCAUCUGGAUCCAGAGAUCACUUUUAAGAAAAUGUGGACUGCUAAAAGUCUUUGUAGUGCUCAAAUAUUGUUGCUUCAGUUGAAAGAAGGCAGAUGGUAUAGUUGCAUGUUUCCAAAAACUCAGCAGUUCUGGAUUGGAAUUCUAAACAAUUGCACCGUAAGAGCGCCAUGUAACAGAGUUCAAUUCCAGGUUUCCAAGGUAAAUGAUAAACGAUCCGUAGUAGAUACAAGAAUGGCUACUAGUGCAGAGGGAACUAAAAUAGCUGCUGGAAAAAGUCCCAGUGGAGUAUGUGAUGGAAGCCAACAUUCAUUAGAAGCAAAAAUGAAACACAUCAAUCUGUCAUUUGCAGCUUGUGGUUUUCUGGGUAUUUACCACUUGGGGGCAGCAGCUGCUUUUUACAGGCAUGGUAAGAAGUUACUGAAAGUUGUGAAAGCUUUUGCGGGAGCUUCUGCGGGAUCAUUGGCUGCCACUGUCUUAUUAGCGGUACCAGAAAAUAUGGAGAAAUGUAAGCAGUUUGCCUAUGGAUUUGCAGAGGAAGUUAGAAAAUUGGACUUUGGUGCUGUAACGCCUGGUUAUGAUUUUAUGAAAACACUUAGGGAAGGCAUAGAGUCUAUUCUUCCUUCUAAUGCUCAUGAGAUAGCUGAGAACCGGCUCUAUGUGUCAGUCACUAACACCAAAAGUGGGGAAAAUCACUUGGUUUCAAAUUUUGCCUCCAGGGAGGACCUCAUUAAGGUCCUGCUAGCAAGUAGCUUUGUACCAGUAUAUGCAGGAAUUAAGCCAGUGGAAUAUAAAGGAGAGAAGUGGGUUGAUGGUGGCCUUACCAAUGGCCUUCCUAUCUUGCCUGUUGGAAGAACUGUGACGAUUUCUCCUUUCAGCGGUCGAUUAGAUAUCUGUCCACAAGAUAAAGGACGUGUGGAUCUUUAUGUUAAAUUUGCAAAACAAGAUAUAAUGCUGUCUCUGGCCAACCUAGUAAGACUUAAUCAAGCUUUGUUCCCACCAAACCAGGAGAAAAUGGAAUUGUUGUACCAAAACGGAUUUGAUGAUGCUGUACGUUUUUUACUGAAAGAAAACUGGUUUGAAUAGGUGGUACGUAGAAAAUUAACAAAACCUGAUAGCUGUCAAAACAUAGCUACAGACAUCCUACAGAAUCUCAGGGAUUUCUGUCCCAAUUUCUGUUUAUGAAACUAAAAAUCCCAAUGGAAUUGCAUCUGCUUCUGCCGAGAAAGUACCAGUUGCACUCCAAAGACCUGUAUAAACAUGUCACAAUAGGAAUUGUACUUGCCUGGUAGUUGUCUUGGUUUGAGGAGGUUCAAGCUUAGACCCAUUUUGCUUCAGCUGAAGACUUGAGUGUGGGAUUUGUAAAAAGCUUGUGUUGUCAUAGUUGCAGAAACUUGGAAAAGUCUUUUUCAGUGUUAUUUGAGAGACAAAUCAACGUUAUACCAUGAAAAAUUACAGUCUGUAUUGUUCACUUAAUGUAAUAGUUGUGUGCACUAAUUAGAUGUUUGCAGUAUUGCUGAUCUAAUACGUAUCUUGCAGUGUUCUAAAGGACUUGAACACUUAGCACUAGCCACAAGAAGUAAAACAUUUGCACUCUUUCUUAUAUGUAUUUUUAACAUUAAAAGUUCUUGCCUUUUUAGUGAAUGUGGUCUCUUAAAAUUUGAAAUACUAGUCGAAAUUUGUGCCAGAAGUGUGAUGUUUGAAUGUAAAAAUAUCUUCUAAAGAAGGGUGUAAGAAAUUGUUAUAUUUAUUAUGUUUUCUUUCUCUGCUAAAAUUGAAUAAAUGUAUUUUCUUGAA